AUGACCACCUUUCUACCCACAUCCAGCGCCUGCCAUUUGUUGCAGUUGCCUCCGACAGAGAAAGAUGAUCGGCUCAACUUGAACGUGCGGACGGGUUCGGCGUCCAUUCUUCAUAAUUCCAUGGUGUUCACUUUUGGUGGGCUUACUGUGGGGUUGGACUUGGAUACCGACGUGAAUGCUAAGCAUAUUCUGCAGACAUUUUUGCUGAAGUUGGGGCCGAACAAGCUGAAGAAGAUUAGGAAAUACCUUUCGGGCGAGUUGUUUUAUUUAGACUUGCUUUCCAAGAGCUGGUCCAGGGUUCUGCUCCCGGAACUGGCUCCUAGACCCAAACCUCGUUUGUUCCAUGAAAUGGCCAAGGGCAAUAAUUGCGUUUACAUUUUUGGCGGGCUUGUGUUUCCUGAGGAUGGAGACGAGCUGACCGACGAGAAAGCUAGCCGUUUGGUACCGUGCAACGACCUCUGGCAGUUCGAUUUGCGCUCCAAAUCUUGGUCCAUGCUCCACGAAGGCAUAGGGUUUAAUUCGGGCCAUAGCAUUCCUCCUCCCAGAUACUGCCAUAAAAUGACGCUUAUCAAUAGCCUUCAUUUUGCUAAGAAAAAAGACCAUUGCGGGUUGGUCAUUGCCGGUGGACAAGACGCCGACUCAAACCCGUUAUAUGAUAAUUACGCUUUUGACCUUGUUGAGAAAAAGUAUGUGGAUGCUGGUAAUCCCAUCUUUUUCAGUGCAUCUUCUGGCGAUAAGCAAAAAGAUGCUUCGUCGGGGUUAUCGCAGUUUGAGUCUGUUAGUAAAGACAAGACCGUCAAUGUUAACUACUUAAACAGCGUCAUUGUCAACUUUUCCGAAGAAGUCGAGCAUCACCAUCACCACCUCCAUCAUCAUAACCACGGGCAUAGUCACGAAAGGCGCGAGUCUGAGAACCACGGUCCUAUAGUACAAGACAUCUCGACCGCCGAAGAAGAAUCCAUAAUACUUUACUCGCCAACAAGCUCCUCACAGAAAGAUCCAUCAGUCAACCCAUUACUUUCGUUCAGAAUCGGUAAAAAAAUCUGUCGAGGCAAAGUGAUGCCACUACAUAAAAAGAAGUCAGUUGGAGCAUCUGUGAGCGAACAAAGAGCGAACAUCUUACGUCAAACUAUUCCUCACAACCUUAGAUUUCCAACUGGUGGAUUGUUCGGUCAAAACCUUGUUAUUGUUGGCUUCCUACCAGACGACCUUGAUAUUUCCAUAUUCAUUUACAACAAACCCACAGGUAAAUGGUCUCGUCUCAACAUAUUCUGUCACCAUGAUUACGGCUCCCACAGCAGUGUUCGUUACUUUUCAUCCAUGAUAACUGUCAGUCUACCGGUCACCAACAUCCUUGCAUCUUUUGAAUUGGCUGGAAGUCACUUCCACGGUCCAGACGGUAAGAAGUACUUAACCAACGAGACAAGUUCCGCGGAAGAAUUUGCUUCUGCUAGUUCUUCUGCUGAGGAUACAUCAUCCCUCAGCGAGCUAGACGAAGAAGACAUUCCUGACUUCAAUCCUGCAAGAAAGUUUUCCACAAUGUCUUCAAAGAGUGAUAGAGCGCCAGCAAACAACAUGAGUUUCAACGAGUAUGUUCACUAUGCUGCACCAAAAGUUAGCUACACGAAGAUUAGAUCGGUGUUUCCUCCUGCUGCUAUCACGCUCGGAAGAAGUGCUUUUGAUAGGUACGGUGACUUGAUGUCCGACUUAGAGUUGAUCUCAACGAGUGGUGACAGAAUCCCAGUUUCUAUGGCGGUAUUGAGAGAGAGAUGGGGUAAAUACUUCAUCGAUCUUCUCGCUAAAGCUUAUGUUGGAGCUGUUGACAAGUUCGAGUUUGACCAAUUGCAAAGUGAAAGCUCGCAGAAGCUCAGAGCUUCACGGAGCAGUGGCGGUAGUCUGGAUUCUAAGAGUACAAGGCAUGGCACUUCCAGUGAAGAUAUCUCAAGCAGUGAGCCACUUGCUGACAGACAGGAGAAAACGUUCCAUGUUUCUAUUCCGUCAGUCAAGCCAUCACAGAAGGAACCUCCCCAGUUUAGACUUCCCUUUCAGGACGCACCUACUACCGCCAAUUUGACUUCAAAGGAGCUUGGUUCCAUAGAUCCUCACAAAAAGGUUGCUGACAGAAAGGCUUCAGUGUCGUCGUUUUCGUCAGCAAACUCCUUACUCACAUCGCAGCUUCAAGAUAUUCCUCCACAGUUACCUAUGCCUAAUGAGCCAUUGCCUGCCGUUCCAGCGACUCCAACGACGUUCAAGCCAGGAUCUCGUAAGAACUCGACCGAUGCUACCUCGCCAAGGGCAUCUCUUCUUCAUACAUUGACAGUCUUGAGAAGCAUUCCAUCGCAUGGUGGUAAAUCUCCAAGAGCAUCUCCAUUUGCUUCUCCAAGAGGCUCUGUGUCUGCCUCACUGGAUCCUCCAAUCACUGAAGUCGCUGUUCCAGUAAUGAGCAAAACAACUUCCCUCAAUAAGCCACAAGAUGAACCCGUGAGAAGUCCACUUGAUUCGUUGGAAAUUCAGUCUGAUAGACGUGCUUCAUCAUCUACAAGGACAUCGUCAAACUCCGAUUCUCUGAGCAAGAAGGCAUCAUUGUCUACUCUCAAUGCUGAGACUCCUGCAACCGCUAGAAGUCUACAUGAAGAUGAUUUCGACGCAAGACUGGCUCACGAACCAUACCACCAUGCAUUAUUGGAUUUCGAUAGCAAUGAUGCCGAAUCUUUCAAAAUGGAACCUUCUUUGAUUCCUAGAAAGUUGUAUAUUCCUUUCUGCACAAGCUCACUUAAAGCUUUUGCAGAGUACAUGUACACUGGUCAGGUCGGAAAUAAGUGGACGCUCAGACCUUGUUUACUUGAUUGCAUGUUGAUUGCGAGAUAUUUUAAAGUGCCAUUGCUUUAUGACUUGAUCAGUGAGGUGUUGUAUGGUAUUAUUGGCAGAAAAGAAGCUCACAUCAUCAAGGAAGGAAAACGCUUGAAGCGGAAGUAUUUGGACUGCUUUGCUGAUCUCGGUAGAAGUGUCGAUACGAACCUCAGACUUCCAAUUGAUGAAUACGAGGGCUUUAUGGAUACAGUUGACGACGGUUACUUGGAUAUUGCAUUAUUGCGUAAAUCUUCUAGCCUCCACAAGGCCAGUGUGUCGAGUCAAGGAAGCAAAAAGAAGACUACAUCUACGCCUGCUAGCAUCCCUGAAGAGAAGACGAGUUUUAAUGAUGGGGACUACUUCCAAUCGAGAACUAAGCGUUUGAAUUCUGAAGAGCCCAAGUCACCCAAGUCAGGACUGCUUGCUGCAGGAGACAUUCACCAUGGAGAGGAGUCUAGAUCCGAACAGGAAGACGAGGAUGACUUUUAUCAAAGCGAUAUUCAUUUCCUUGAUUUCAAUGAAAGUAAGAGUUUUGGCCUCAAUCCACGUUCAAAGUCCGUGUUUGAUCGCCUGGCUUAUGAUUCUGUGACGUACAUGACAAAUGAAGCUGAAGAGGAAGAGAAAGAGAAGUCGCUCAUGACGACCUUGGAAGUGCUUGUGUCGCCUGAAUCUCCACCACCAAGUGACUACGUGAUCGAUCUUAUUCAUGAAAUUUCAUCGAUCUGUACGGACGUGAAGCUUAUGUUACGUUCUCUCAAUGUCAAGCACAUGUCAAGGGCAUUGAAGCAGACCGAAGAAGACUACUACAAGCUCGAAAGAGUUGCACGUCAAGCACACGCGAACGACGACGAUAAUCAACUGCAAGUGACCAUGACUCAACGAGGAUCCACAAGCGAAAGACCUUCGGUGACGACGCUUAGACCAGGUUCUGGAUCUGGUGGUGCCAUUCCAUUUAAGCGUCUGCCAACAGUUGAUUUGAGCGAUCUGGGAUCUCCACACCCACAACCGCUGACGAUGAGAUCGUCUACUUCGCUCAAUACUACCACGUCGGCUUUCAAGUUCACGCCAUUGAAGUCUACUAAUACUGGCGGAAGGACAAACUCGAAGAGUCUGCUUGAAGACAACAAGGACUUGGACAGACGCAUUGCACAGAUUAUCAAGCAAGAGGAAAAGACCAAACAGAAGGCCGCUAAGGAAGAGAAACAACGGGUUGCUAAAGAAGAGAAACGCGCUGCCAAAGAAGCCAAACAAAAGACCGUUGAAAAAGAAGCUAUUAAGAGUGACAAGGAAGAUAAGUCGGAUCUGUUAUCGCAGCAAUCACUGAAACAUACAUCCACUGCGCUCGAGAGAAACAACACCGAGCCAGGCUUCUUCACCCCGAGACACGAGGAAGGCGACGCCUCGUCUAUCUUCUCCAAGCCAUCCAUUGCUUCCAAAGACAAAAAACCAGGAAUCAUGCUGCGUAUUGGGCACAAGCUCAGACACCCUGAACAGCCCAAGCAGACAACGGACUCCGGUGACAGUGACGUAAGAAGUAUCACGACGACCAAGUCGUCCAGCAGCCAGACGUCAAACACCAGCAAGAAGUCAGCCCGUCGUACAGGGUUGUUUGGCUUGCGCAAGAGAAACUAA